AGCGGCCAUCUUACACCCAGGACAAAAGCAGAAAGCAGAAAAGUUGAAGAAUUCGUCAAAAAUAGUGUGUUAAAUUGAAUUUUCCACCAGACUUGUAUGAGUAGAAUAUGUCUAAACACCUGGUCUUCAUGUGUACAUAGCUAUGGCUGCGACGCGAAAGUUGCAAGGCGAAAUAGACAGAUGCUUGAAAAAAGUCACCGAAGGGGUGGAAACGUUCGAGGAUAUCUGGCAGAAGGUUCACAAUGCCACAAAUAGUAAUCAAAAGGAAAAGUAUGAAGCUGAUCUCAAGAAGGAAAUCAAGAAGCUGCAGCGACUGCGUGACCAGAUCAAAUCGUGGAUCGCGUCGGCUGAGAUCAAGGAUAAAAAUGCGCUGCUGGACAACCGGCGCCUCAUAGAGACCCAAAUGGAGCGUUUCAAGGUGGUGGAGCGCGAGACGAAGACGAAGGCGUACUCAAAGGAGGGCCUGGGCGCCGCCCAGAAGCUGGAUCCCAUCCAGCGAGUGAAGGAGGAGACGAGCACGUGGCUCACGGCGUCGAUAUCCAACCUGCAGAUCCAGAUCGAUCAAUACGAGAGCGAGAUCGAGUCGCUGCUGGCGGGAAAGAAGAAGCGCCUGGACAAGGACAAGCAGGAUCGCAUGGAUGAGUUGCGCGCCAAGUUGGAUCGCCAUAAGUUCCACAUAACAAAGCUGGAGACGAUUCUGCGACUACUGGACAAUGACGGCGUGGAAGUGGAGCAGAUCAGGAAGAUCAAGGACGACGUGGAGUACUACAUCGAGUCAUCGCAGGAUCCGGACUUCGAGGAGAACGAGUAUAUCUAUGACGAUAUCACGGGGCUGGACGAAGUGGAGUUGUCCGGCACGGGAAUAGCGUCUUCCGCCACGACGGACAGCAACAACAGCAAUGACACCGGCGGCUCGCCGAGCAGCAUGACGUCCGGCACGAGUCCGACGCAAUCGCCGGCGCUGAACUGCAGCACGGCCACGACACACAAUCAUAGCACGGACUCGGCGGCGGCGGAAUUUGCGGCGGUUGGCGAGAAGAGGCCCAAAGAGGUGACGAAGGUGACACCGGUGAAGCCCACGGCUGUGCGGAUGGGCAAGAUUGACCUGAACUCGUCGGCGGCGCCCGCGGGUGUUGUCACGACGCUGUCUGCGGUUGCCAGUUCGGUGGCGAAUAGCAGUGCUGUGCUGAAUAGCAGCACGACGGUGGCGGCGCAGCUGAAGGACGGCGCGCAGCCACAGAGCAAAAUAGUGUGUUCAACGCCGAGCAAGAAUCAUCAAUUGCCACAAUCAUCCCUGGUCUCGUCGGUCUCGCUGUCAUCCUCUCUGCCAGCAACUGUUCCAUCCACACCCUCAAUGGCGUUCGCUGUCGUUGCCAAACACAAUACAUCACUCGUUGAGAAUGGUCCUGUCCACCAGAUGCCAUCAUAUUCCACGGCAACGUCGUCAACGAGUCUGCUUUCGGGACUGAACAGCCAACAGCAGUCGCAAGUGACUAAUAUUCCACAGAAUCAAAGCAUCUCAUCGACAGGUAGUGUCGCACCUCCACAGAUCCCGAAUAGUAAUCUGAUACACGCCAAUGCGACGGUAGCGUCGGCUUCAGAAGGCGUCUUCACGAGCAGUACUGUGAGCAGCAACAGUAACAGUACGCUCACAAAUUGCGUCUCGCCCAGCCAUUCUGUCGUCAGCAGCAGAGCGUCGCCUGGCUUGCUCUCGCCGCAGCAGCAGAUGGUCAAUGGGCCCAGCAUGAAUCUGAAAAAUGCGCCGGUGUCGGCCAACUCCCUGGCGGCGUCAGUGGCGGCCGUCGCCGAUUCAAUGUCGACGCUGAAAACAAUGGCACAGGAGGCCAUCUCGCGCGCCGGCCUGUCCACCGUGUCGCAGUCGGCGGUCUCCGUGACGGGCAACAUGUCGUCGGGUGGCGGCGCCAUCGCGCCCACCGUGACCACGUCUGCCGUGGGUCAGUCGGCCGUGACGCCGGUGAUUCUGCCACAGCAACAGCAGCAGCUGUACGUGGACUCGAUGAGUGCCGUGGCCACGAACGGACCCAACACGAAUGCCACCAGCAUCGUGGCAAGUAGUAUUAAAAAUUCGGGGACUAACGAGGCGCACAUACCGCCGCUGCUCGGCGUGGCACCGCUCGGGCCUUCGCCGCUGCAGAAAGAGCAUCAAUUGCAGUUCCAAAUGAUGGAGGCCGCCUUCUAUCAUUUGCCAACCCCGAGUGAUUCUGAAAGAUUGAGAACAUACCAACAGAGGCAACCUGUUCCGACACCUCUUCAUUAUCCACAGAAUCAACUUCCUCACUCAGACACAGUUGAAUUUUUCCAACGACUUUCGCCGGAGACGCUGUUCUUCGUCUUCUACUACAUGGAAGGAACAAAAGCUCAAUAUUUGGCUGCCAAGGCUCUUAAGAAGCAGAGCUGGCGUUUCCACACGAAGUACAUGAUGUGGUUUCAGCGCCACGAGGAGCCCAAGAUUAUUAAUGAAGAGUAUGAGCAGGGCACGUACAUCUAUUUCGACUAUGAGAAAUGGGGGCAACGAAAGAAGGAAGGAUUCACGUUUGAAUACAAGUACUUAGAAGACAGGGACCUGAAUUGAUCUAUAGUAAACAUUUAUGAUUUCACCGUAACGGCUCAUUUAAUUGGAGAAAUCUCUGAGUGAACAUCUGCCACACGAAAUGCAAAGGAGAAAAUGACUACAGAUUGAUGGAAAAUUCAGGAUACCGCGAGUUGAGGAGUGAAAAGUACGAGAGAUGAGAUGAUGAAGUAGAGUGAAAUUCCGACAUGAGAUAGAAACACACGCGAGAAAGAGAGCAGAAAAGGGACAUAAAUUACGGAAAAUCUUGUUGAAUCAAUGUAAUAAUUGUUUGGUGUACAAGCAAUCUGAAGUGGGAAGCGACAAUUCAACUCUUGAUCAGUGAUAGUAACAGAAAAAAAAAACAUUUUUAUACCGAUAUAAUAUAAAAAUAUAACAGAAAAAUUAAAAAAAAAAAGUACUGAGAAUGGUAAUAACUGUAAAACGACAAGAUUUGCAUCCCAAUUAUUAUGGCCAAUCGGACGAAUAAAAGGCAUUCAUGGCAAAAUGCUGUGAAAAGUGAAGAAGUGGCGGUGAAGGCGUAAGAAUUGUGCAUAGAAUUUUCACAUGAGAACAGUAAAACACAGAGAAAUAUGAAUUAACAUAAACUGGACACUGUCAAAAAGAUGCGUUUAAGAAUUUUUCACACGAACACUCAAAAGCCACACAAUCGCAGCGAUUGUGCAAGUUGUAAAGGAAGUUGGGGAAAAAAUUUUAAGGAUUUAUCUAAGAACUAUGAUAUUCAAUUUUGAACGUACAUAAUUUAAAAAAGAGCAGAAGUAAUAGAUUGAAUAAAAAACAGUGCUAUUAUUGAAUGAUGAAGAGAAAUGUAUUUAUUAAAGAUUUAAAGAAGACAUGAAGUAUAAAGUAGUAAACGGAAAGAAAUGGGAGAAAAGUGUUCUGUGAACGAGAUGAAAGCACACACACAAAACAUAAAAAAAGAGAAAUAAUAUUGUAAUAAAAGUGCAUUUAAAUGAAACCAGUUGAAUGAAGAGGAGUUAAUUUGUAAAAUGAUAAAAUGAAGAAUCUGAAAUUUUAGAAUUUGAUUCCGUCUCUUGUUAAAAUUCAUUUUAUUGCAUGCAAAGAUGUAGAAAUAUGACACAAAAUCGCGCUUUUUCCAUUCAGAGAAGAAGAAGAAAAGUUCCCUAUUCUAAGCCUCCGCCUUUACCCAAAAGCAAAUACAAUUCGUCAGAGCGUGAAUUAAGCAAGAUUUAAGCAGGAUUUAAGCCCAAAAGUAGUUGAGAAAGAGAGACAAUUUAGAGAGAGAGAGAUGAAGAAAAACGGCAAGAAUGGCGCUGAAAAAGACGCCAUUCUUGAGUCCUUUCCCACUUUUAUUCCCCCUAUUUGUCAUCGAAGUAGUGUAAAGGAUUUUCAAGAAUUUUAAACAUUUUGCAUUAAAGAUGAUAAGGAAGGAAGCCCAAAAUGAGAAAGAGCAUGGAAAAUACAAUUCGAUGAUUUACACACACUUUUCCAAGCAUGAAUUUGACACACACAACACACAAGAUGAGAAGAAGAUGGGAAAAUAUGUAAUUUGAUGAAAUUACCUAAUGUUAAACUGAUCUAAUUGAUAAGAUGAUAGCGAACAGCAAAACGAGCGCAUUUUUAUAAUGCAAGGAAAACAAAAUAAAAUACAACACUAAUGUAAAGAGAAAAA